GUUAACGAAGUCAAGCGACUUUUAUCACAUAUAUCGGAACGAAGAAAAUUGAUUAAAGUAAUCUAUCAAAGAGAAAAUGCCUUAGGAAAAAAGAAGAUUCAACGUAAAUUAAGAAUAAGAGGAAUUCAAAAUAAAGAUCUCUCAAAAAGAAAUAAAAAUCAUUUAAGAAAGCAAGCAAAGAAAAAUUUCACAGAUGAAGGAGACCAGCUGUUUAAGAUGGGCAUCAAGAUUCUCCAGCAGUCUAAAAGCCAAAAACAAAAAGCAGAAGCCUAUGUAUUCUUUGCCAAAGCAGCUAACAUGGGAAACUUGAAAGCUAUGGAGAAAAUGGCCGAUGCUUUGCUAUUUGGAAAUUUUGGUAUGCAAAACAUAACAGCAGCUAUCCAAUUAUAUGAGUCCUUGGCUAAAGAAGGAUCAUAUAAAGCCCAAAACGCAUUAGGAUUUUUGUCUUCUUAUGGAAUAGGAAUGGAAUACAAUCAAGCCAAGGCACUGAUAUAUUACACCUUUGGAAGUGCUGGAGGAAGCAUGAUGUCCCAAAUGAUUUUGGGGUACAGAUAUUUGUCAGGAAUCAAUGUUCUACAGAAUUGUGAAGUUGCCCUAAAUCAUUACAAGAAGGUAGCAGAUUACAUUGCUGACAAAUUGGAAAAAAGUGAAAGUAUUCCAGUGGAAAAAGUGAGACUGACUGAGAGACCUGAAAAUCUGAGUUCUAACAGUGAGAUUUUAGAUUGGGACAUAUACCAAUACUAUAAAUUUUUGGCAGAAAGAGGAGAUGUGCAGAUACAGGUUUCUCUUGGACAAUUACAUCUAAUUGGGAGGAAAGGUCUGGAUCAGGAUUAUUAUAAAGCAUUAUACUACUUCUUAAAGGCAGCAAAGGCUGGGAGUGCAAAUGCCAUGGCAUUUAUAGGAAAGAUGUAUUUAGAGGGGAACGCUGCAGCCCCACAAAAUAACGCAACUGCCUUCAAAUACUUUUCCAUGGCAGCCAGUAAGGGCAAUGCAAUUGGUCUUCAUGGGCUUGGUCUUCUUUACUUUUAUGGGAAAGGAGUUCCUGUGAAUUAUGCUGAAGCACUUAAAUACUUUCAGAAAGCUGCAGAGAAAGGAUGGCCCAACGCACAGUUUCAGUUAGGCUUCAUGUACUACUCUGGCUCUGGAGUAUGGAAGGAUUAUAAACUUGCCUUCAAAUAUUUUUACUUGGCAUCUCAGAGUGGGCAGCCCCUCGCCAUUUAUUAUCUGGCCGAGAUGUACGCAACAGGAACAGGAGUGUUAAGAUCGUGCAGAACUGCUGUGGAGAAAAGGUUAAAAUUCUUGAAAAAGAGAAGAUGUAUCCAAUGGCACUUCUCCUAUGGAAUCGAGCUGCCAUUCAAGGACAUUCACUUGGCCAGGAGAUUGUAUGAUAUGGCUGCUCAAACAAGUCCAGAUGCUCACAUACCUGUUUUCUUUGCCCUCAUGAAACUGGAAACUGUGCAUUUGCUCCAAGAUAUCCUGUUUUUUAAAUUUACGAUGUGUUGGAAAUGGAUGAAAUUGGACAACACCCUUGGACCAUACUGGGAUUUAUUUGUGAUUGGCCUAAUUGUUGCUGUGCUGAUCUUCUUGCUUAGAAAUCGCUAUGGGUAG